UUUCAGCUAUACACAUAGUAAUUCUUUCGGCCGAAGAAAAGCAUUUUAGACUGGAAGGCUUCUUCUUGUUGGCUUCUGAGGAACAUGCCUGGUCUCACUUUGGUUCCCUUCCUUUUCUUACUGUCCAUUAUGGGAUGGCUUUCUUUAAAUCCCUAGUCUGGCUUCUUGCUCACUCUCAGAUCCUUCACAGGCUUUCUGUCCAAAUUCCCACUAUAAUUCAGUUAUUACACUGCUGGUCCCCCCAGAGGCUGUAAAACCUGAGUUUUCCUUUACUGGCUUCGGAACCAUUCUCCUCUAAGUCUGCAUCAGAUCCCAAGCUGAAAAAGUCAAGCCACCUUAAAUUUACUGGCACAUCUUCCACAGCUGUAAGAGCCCUCUUGCUUCCUCUCAUGUGGAGUGUGUGCCUCAUUACCAUUUUCUGUACUCUCAAAUGUACACCAUUUGCCAGAGUAUCCUAAUUCCGCUCUGUAUUCUUGCUCAACAUAGGAAUUUGUGCAAACAGGAUCAUCGGCAAAGCGGUGCUUAUCAUCAUGACAGUGCUGAACACAAGCUAUCCAUGCAGAAAUCUCUCUUCUGGAGAAGACCACCUUGAUGGACAAGGCUUUAAAAUCCUUUAUGCAUUGAUUGGUCUGACAUGUGCAUUCGGACUGGUGGGCAAUGGCAUUGUCACCUUGAUUCUCAGCAUCUACAUCAAAAGGAACUCUUUCACCACCUACAUCUUGAACCUGGCCAUAGCAGACUUUUGCUCUGUCUUGAUAGUGCUUGUUGAACUUAUCAUUUCAUGGCCAAAACCCUUUCUCAGGGAAACCACAGUUACUUUUGCCUACUUUGCUUUCACACACAACACAGGGUUGUAUCUCCUCACACUCAUUAGCAUAGAGCGCUGCGUUUCUGUCUUCCUCCCAGUCUGGUAUCGGUGCCAUCGAUCAAGCUAUGCUUCAGCUGUCCAGGCCAGUCUGCUCUGGGUUCUGUCAGGCCUCUUUUCGGGAAUGAUGCUUUUAUUUCAUUUUCUUCAGCUCCGUAAUUGCUUUGUUAACAUUGUCUUUGCAGCCAGCAUUCUAAACACCCUGCUUUUCACUCCUGUUAUGAUGGUUUCCACUUUUAUCCUCCUAAUUAAGACCUGCCAUAACUCAAGGCUACAUCUCCCGGCAAGGGCAUAUACCGCCAUUGUGGUCACGUUGUUUUUUAUCAUCAUCUUUGACACCCCACUUAACAUGUUAACUACUAUCAGAUAUGGUCUUUGUGAUUGCUGUGAUACCCUGGAUUCUGUUGCACCCGUUGUUGUGCUCCUUGCCUCUUUCAACAGCAGCAUGAACCCAGUAACUUACUACCUGGCUGGGAGAGACAGCAAAGAUUAUUUCAGGAGAACAUUAAAGGGAGCCCUAGAGAGGCUUUUCAAAGAGGAAGCAGCAGCUGAAGUGGAGGGAACUGGGUAACUGAUGCAAAAUAACAGGGAAGGAAGCCUGCUGUGUUAGUGUGAAGCCGGCACUAAAAUGGUUUCUGAUACAGUGGCGUGCACAAACUUUUCGAGCAGAGGGCAACAGUGGGCUAUUCCAGCUGGACAAGGGGAUGCUGAAGCUGUUCCCCCAGACACAGAAUGAGAUUUCUCUUGCUAGAAGGAGGUUUUUCCCUUCCCUUUGCUCCAGUCAAAAGAAACAUAGAAACAC